GGCGAUCUUGGGGCCAUUCUGACGCCUCGCUGAGGCACAGCAGAAGCGACCAGGCGAAGCAAUCCGUAGACGUUUUGGGAUCCAGCCGUCAUUUUGUUGGCUUCUGCUCCAGCCUCGCUCGAAGUCCAGGCAUCUUUCUCCACGCCGCGCCCUCGGCGUCAUGCAGAUGGGAUCCCACGGAGGCGCGUAUGGCAGCGGGCUCGCCAGCGGCUACGGCGGCCUCAGCGCCAGCGCCGCUGGCGCCGGCCAUACGGGCGGCGCGGCCGGCGCCGAGUGCUGCGGGGCCGCUUGCGGCGGAGGCCCCGCCGGGGGGCUCACCACGCUGUCGUACGUGGGCCCCGGCUGUGGCGACUACACGACGGAGACGUCCUACCGCUACGUUGGCGCGGGCGUUGGGGAGUUCGGCGUCCUGAGGCUCCCGGCGGCAGGGCCCAACUGCUGCGUCUGCCUCGUCGCCCCGGUGCUGCUGGCCCUCCUGGCGCUUCCGCUCCUUGUCUGGGCGAUGAUGGGCUCCACUAGCACGACUACGACGACUACUACGACCGCGGUCACUCUGCCUCCGGUGUUCACUACACCGCCGCCAGACUUGGUCCCAACGACGACCACAUCCAAGAAGACAACUACCGAGAGGACGAUGCCUCCGCCACCGCCCCCACCGCCGCCGCCACCCCCGCCGCCGCCGCCGCCGCCCCCGCCUCCACCUACAACCAGUGAGAAGAAGGUCGACUGCGGUGAGGGCGACCCCCAGGCGUGGGAUAUCCCGAAGAAGGUGACAUGCUGCUUGAGUGCGGGGAGGGGCUGCCCCACGACGCCGCCCCCGCCUCCGCCGCCGCCCCCGCCGCCGCCCCCGCCGCCGCCCCCGCCGCCUCCCGCGCCCGUGGCGCCACCUCCGCCGCCACCCCCCCCGCCCGUGGCGCCACCUCCGCCGCCUCCGCCCCCACCGCAGCCAGUUUCGGAACCGUACGACUGCGCCGCGGGCUACUCAAAUUGGGAGGCGGGCUGGUCCGUGCCGAAGAAGGUCUGGUGUUGCGAAAACAAGCAGAUGGGUUGCACGACCUCCUUGGUCCCGCAGCAGGUACUGGUCCCUGGCCCAGCGGCCGCCACGACGUCCGAGCCGUACGACUGCGCUGCCGGAUUCGUGAAUUGGAAGGCCGGAUGGUCGGACGACAAGAAGGCGUGGUGCUGUCCCAACAAAGGUGUGGGCUGUCCGGAGACGACGUCGAAGCCAUUCGACUGCCAGGCCGGGUACUCCAAUUGGCGCGCCGGAUGGUCGGCCGACAAGAAGGUCUGGUGCUGCCAGAACGAGCAGAUGGGAUGCGAGUGAGCCAGGCGCGGGCCGAGGCCGCGGCGCAGGCCCGCGCCCCUCUCUCCGCCACUCCGCGCGCCACGCUGCACGACCGCUGGACGGCGUGCUCCUGUGCGGCGCGCGCGCCCCUGCCCAAGGCAGGCGCGCGUGCGCGCGAGGGGGCGCGGCCGUCGUGGGGGGGGGAGAGCCUCCGCGCGCUCCGCGAGACCCCCCCGCGCGGCGCAGCGCCUGUGCCGCCCCCCUCGGCGGGGCUGCGGCCUCGAGGCGCCCCCCGCCGGUCCCGAGAGGGCGCGGCCUCGCGCCCCAGCGCCGAGUAUUCGGCGGCGCGCGGCCCCCGGCGACAAAGCUACUCGGGGGCAGCGCGCGCCUUGCACGCUCUCUGCCUCCUCUCUGCGCCCCCCCUGCGCGCAGGCCGCCGCUCGACGCGGCGGCGCUGCCCGUCGGGGGGGGGUCGCGGAGUCCCGCGCGGCCGCGGCGCCAAAGUGGCCGGCGGCUCCCGCGGGCACAGCAGGGCCGUCCGCUCGGCCCGGGGCAGGGCCGGGACA